AUGCCAUUUCUGGACCAGAGCUCAGUCUUAUUACAAACAGGUGAGUUCUGCACUUUGCACUCCCAACAUAACACAUGGUUUACACUUUCACAUCAAAGAAAACACUGGUGCAUACGCUCACUCAUAUUUUCCCCUCUCCUCUGCACUUACAGUUUUCUCAGCAAUCCAAGCACAUAAUAAACAAUGUCAGAUAUUAAGCCGUGUCACUCAUCUCCUGUCCAUUAGAAUAUUUGUUUGCAAGUGAAGCGUGAAACAGGGUAGCUUAUGGACAUGAGCCAAGUGAACACCUGUAAGCAAGGCUGCCCUGGUAGGAUGAAGCGCAGGAAUGAGGUGUGAGUGAGGGGAGACCGGUGACACAGCUGAGGUGUAACAGGACAGCCCAAAAAAAUCCUACCUGUCUGUGCCUGUCUAAAAAUGCUCUGUAAGAAUCAUAUUUUUAAGUCUAAUAACACUCACUAAUCCCAUUUGUUAAUCUAAUAGCUCAAUGCUUUUUCAGUGUGUCUGGCAUGAAAUAUAAGACCAGACUUGUGUGCUGCUGCUGUUGUUGCUGUUACCUUAAAAAGCCAAACAGCCUUUUUGAAACCACAUGCAGGGGUAAGCUGAGUUAGUUAAGUGCUCUUGGACAAUUUAAGAUGGUUGCAAAGAUUACAUUUUGUGCAACUGUUUCCAUCAGAGAGAAAACUUUUCUCUCUUUUCCCACUACCACUCUCACAGCAGUAUCUUCAACUUUACUUUAUGCAGAUAGGGUUUAAACAAAGUUUGUGAGAUCCUGUGGCUUUUAGUAUGUUCAUGUCCUAAAGGAAAGCAUUUUUAAUGUACUAUGUAUUUGUAUGUUAAAGGUAGUAUUACAUACUCCAGAUAAAUUUUAUGUUGUCAUAGUUUUGGUUAAUUAACUAAAAUAGUACUAUUGCUGAUGUAUUACAUAGGUAAAGUGGUUCUACUGUAUCGGUAAAUGUAUUUGUGUGCUACAGAUAUGCUCAACUUAAAUGUGAUAGAUUCAGCUACCUAAGGCUAAAAUGUACAAGCAGAAGUGAAAAAACACCUUAAUACAGCUACCCUUGAUUUGUGCCUGUCAAGUAUUUGAGUGAAUCAUGCUUAUCAUCGUGAAUCAUGAAUCAUGCUUAAGCUUUUCUUUUUAACACUUUGGCCCUAAGGUUUUUGGCUUUUACAUUUGUGGUCUGUUUAUUUGAUUGAGGCUACUGCCUUGAGCCAGGACAGACACAUGCUUUACUAGCUGGCAGGGCAUUAUAUUCCAAGGCCCAGAAGGCAGGCCCCAUAUUUCUUAUUAAAUUUGAUUUAGAAGGCUGACAAGUCAGCAAACCAGGGAACAUCGUGUCUUUCAGCAGCUCAAUGACCCUGUUGGUGUUUCCAUCAGAACACACUUAGGGGCCUAAAUUAGAUCAAGUUGUGUUGUGUUUUACUCAUGUGUUUAUAGAUUAAAAAAGGAUUUCAAUUUGAAACUUAGGUAUUGAUGACAACUUAUCAAAGAACAGGGAUUGGAGAAAUUAUCCUCAUUACUUUGCAACUUCAUUCUGCAUUUCAUACUUGGGAGUGUGAAUUGCAAAACAUCUCAUUUGCAAGUGAGCACAGCAAUGCCAGAUGUCUAAAAAGUUAUUGCGUUGCUCGUAAAGCCUUAUUUGUGUGAUAGUACAAUCUCGUUAUGUUUGCAUUUUUCUCCUGUAAAUCUGAUCUGCGCUCUCGCCUCGCUCCUACUUUGGGAAACAUUUGAAACCUUACCAACAGUUUCCCUCCCUCCCCGUUUUCUUUCUCCCAGAAACGGCACAGCAGGACCCCUGUCUGAGGGCUCAGCCGCGCCUAACCUCUACAAGAGAAUUUUACAACAAAAACAACAACUUGAACAGUCUUAUUCAUCGGGACUUACAUGGAAAUUUAACAGUGAACGGGGAAGAGAGAACAAGGGGAGGGACGGUCGGAGCUGAUGGACUCGGGAGAUGAGAUAGUGCUGAAUAACCGACCCAUCUCCCCAUCCUUCCUGACCGGACGGACGCUUCUUUUUCUUUCCGGAUGAUGUAACUGUUUUAUGACAGCCUUACCUCGGAUUCAUCCUCUCCACAACCCAAAGGGUUCCCAUUUCCUUUAAUUACCAGCGCACGGUGAUAUCUGACGGCGAGUCGCAUCCACUGGCUCCAGGUUUCGGUGAGGGGACUCAGCUCAGCGGGACGUUGCGCAUUGCUCAACCGACUGUCCCCGGGGUCGGUGAGCUCUGGUGAGUGUCUCAACUACGACCACUGCUGGGGCUUGUCACUCAGAAAAUACUUUAUUACUCACUGCUAGCUUAGAAGUGAUGUUAUUGACACUUUUUCAAAAAAUAAAACUCCCCUACCGUCUGCUUAAAGCUGCCAGUUGCUGUAAUUUAGUAUUUAUUUUUCUUACACUCGAUAAUUUUAUAUGCUAGUUAGCUUGUUGCACUUAAUGAAAUGACCGUUGGAACUUCAUACGUUACCUACGCUAUCCAUUGAAUUAAAUGUUUAUUUGCUAACAAAAAAAACCCUCUUGAACAAGACAUAGUUGAAGCAAAAGUGUAACAUUCAAGGGUAUUUUUUUUACGUUUAUUUUAUUAAAUGCAGCCGUUAGUCUAAUUUUGAGGAAAUUAACAGACAUUUACGUCCUUUACGUAACUUGAAAACUUGAUUCAAAUGUGACCAGUCUGGAUUUUUACGGUGUUCAGAAAAAAAGGAUGCUCCUCUUUCCCAAAGUGACCCAAUUUAUGACAGAGGCCUACAAUAACUUUUUCAAUAACUUCUUACCCGUCUUGGUUUUUGUGGCCCUGACUCUUGGUGCACAUUAAAUGAGUGGGAAAUGAAAUGAGAUAUGUGACCACUUAACAAACAUCUUUUCUAACCCUUUUUAUCUUUUAUUAUCUGUACACAAUAAUGAAGAUGAGGCAUAGAUUCUUAAACAAGUCUAUUUGUGCCAGGGGUAUGUGGAAGUGCCGAAAAUGAGCAUGAGAGUCAAUGUGGGAGACCACAGGACACUUUUUUUACAAGCAGCAGGAGAAAACGAUUUUGUAGGUUGUAAAUGACGUGACUGGUGAAGGCAUUUUUAAAGAUGAGUGCAGCAAAGACUUGGCGUUGGAGUCAGGUGGUAUGGGGCACAUUCUGGCCUCCCUCACACAUUGUAGUGUCAAACAGAGAACAAUAAUAGACUCAUGUUUUCUCUGUAAAGCUGUUGAUAUACCCUUAUGUUAUCCCUUCUGAUUACGCACAAUAUGGUAAUGAGUCAAAGGUGAAGCCCACUAGGGAGCCCAAUGAUGCAGGGGUUUGCAAAGUUUCGUAUCCUGUUUUAUUUGCAGUAAAAGUAUGCAGUAUCUCACAAGUAGACAACAGUGGACAUUAAGAGAUUUAGUGGCUGUUCAUUUGACUGUGUGUUUUUGUCAAGAACAAGGUUAACAGAGUGGUGAACACACUGUGGUUUUCUACCCCUUUAGGUGCAGUCAUGUGGAGGAUUCAGAUUUGCUGCGCACUGUUUGCACUGUAUUCAGCGGCACCGCCUGCACACAUCAACCGUCUGGCGCUGUUCCCUGACAAGAGUGCCUGGUGCGAAGCCAAGAACAUCACACAGAUAGUCGGGCACACGGGAUGUCAGCCUCGCUCUAUUCAAAACAGGUCAGGAUGAAGGCCCUCUCUGUCUUUCCCUCUGUCUGACAAUCUCUCAUUGCAGCUGAAAAGGGUGAAUAUACCAGCUCUGUCUGGUCAUUUUAUUCUCUGUGUGCCUUGUUUAACAUACAGGAUACACUGGGGUGCAUUGGUACUAUAAACGUACUACAGAACAUCAACUUUAAGUUUAACCUCAUAUUUAUUUUGCAUGCUAUGUUAGCUUAUCAUAAACACUUUUAAGUAAACUACAUUGCAUAGAUGUUUGUAUUUUUCUUUCUCCUGUACAUGUGCUCAUGAUCAUUAGUAGUGACUUGAAAUGUAAAACUACAACCAAAAAAUUUAAAUCCACCGCAAAACUGUUGGCAAUGACUAUCAAAGUCAAUCUCACAAUAUUUUCUCACUCCACAAACUGUCUGUGAAACUUGACAGGGGUGGACUGAUUAUUGGCCUUGGCUGAUUACCAGAGCAGAUAUUUGGCAUUUGGACUCUUAUUUGUAUCAGCCUUUUAUCUUACAGAUGGUUCAUAAGAUUAAUUAAUUAAAAAGUGUGCUUCUUUGGUGCAACUAUGGGUGUUUCUUUCCCUCUGGGUCUGGUUUCUUGCACCAAUUGGCUCACCUAAAAGCCCGCCCACAACACUAUCUGAUUGGCUGGACCUCCCAUGACUGUGACACAGCUGUACUGUGAGUGUAAAUGGUCAACUUUUAACUUCUGUAUAUGAUCCUUAAUGUUUCAGUUUGUUUAAACAUUUUCUCAAGGUAUUCAUAUACAGUUUUAUAUUGGAGUUAAUGGUAUUACAAAUUUUUACAUGUUUUUUCAUUUUGAUAGUAAAUGCAUAUCCAUUUAAAUAUUGGUUAUCAGUCUCAUGAAUUAUUAUUAACCAGUAUAGGUCUACCCCCCUUAAAGACCUGUAUUGUUUGACCCCUAAUACUUAAUAAUGUGACUUAAUUUUCAUGUUAAUAUAAAAAAAUGAGUUGUAUAUUCUGUAUAUCCCUAAACACUUUAGGAACAAAGACAACAAAACAAAAGACUAUACAAAGGCAGACAUGCUAAUAUUAGGGACUUCAUUGUUGAGUUUCUACCAUAGACUGUAUAUACUAUGGACAACCUGGUUCUGCCUACCGCCUGUAUACGGUUUUAAAGCCAAAAAGCUCUCGGUAUUUCCAGGAUUUUUCUUCAUUUCCUGAAACCAGCGCUGUGCAGUAGCGAUGCGCGCAUUCAGCCGCGCAGUCGCAGAGAGUCACUGUGAUGACGCUCGGCUCAAAAAGCAUAUCCCUGGGAGAGCUACUCAAUCCCUGAACACCCAUAGGCUGUAUCAGGUGUCAAUCAUAGAAAACAUGAACCCCCUAAUAACUUUUAAAAACAGAGCUUCACAGAAAAAAGAGGACUUGAGCACAAACCAGUCUUACUGUAACUACAUGUCAACAACAAGCAGGGGGGAGAAAAAAUUAUGUUCUGUGUAAUAAAUUUCUAAAGUUGGUCCACAGCUCCAUAAGCUUUGCUGGCGGAGGCGGGAUUUAUGACCUAUACUGCAGCCCAUCAAAAGAGGGUGCUGUUCUCGGAGAGGCUUCACCCAGCCAGGAGGCAGACGGCGUCUAUUCUAUAUACAGUCUAUGGUUUCUACUGAUGUUAGUAGAAACGGGACUAUGUGUGCAUGAUGGGGUCAAAUAAGCUACUUUCACUGUGUUCUUGUUAAUAAACCGAGUGCAGACGUAUGGGUCUGGGAUGUGCUUGAAUAGUUUUUUGGAAGACGACUGAGGAUGCAGAAAUAAUUGUAAAUCUUACUAACAAUUUGUGUUCUUGCUUUGAGUUAUUCUAUGAAAACAGUCAAACUGAAGUUAUUCCCCCAAAAAACAAUCACAUGUAUUUUCUCAUUAGCCGCACUUCCCACAGAGAUAGAUGUAUAUCCUUGAACUGUUACUCUUUAGUUACAUAGAGAAGUGGUGAUCCUCCUUACAUUUUUUAUUAACAGUUCCUCUGUUUAUGUGUUUGAUCUAAGAGGCCACCAAAAAUCAACAACUCUUUUUAACAGGCAUGGACUCCCCACAGAUGUGUCUGCAUGCACAUUGGAAAUAAUGUUCUUUUUCCUUCUCACAGAGCCUGUCUGGGCCAGUGCUUCAGCUACAGCGUCCCCAACACAUUCCCACAGUCGACAGAGUCUCUUGUGCACUGUGACUCCUGCAUGCCUGCCCAGACACAGUGGGAAGUGGUAAGAGUUAUUGCACAUUAGCUCAUGAGGCAGGCACACAGCAACACUGACUUGUUGAACUCACACUAAAACCACAAGUUCUCAACAUGAAAGAUGGCAAUUGCUGCUCGCUGGCAGACACAAAGCGUAGGAAUUUUUCAGAGGAUUUUUAUUAGAUUUCUGCCACAAUCUUUCUGCCGUUCCCAUAAACAUUAAGUCUGUAUUUGAUAUUCCUCUGGAGUUCAUUGUCCCUCUCAGCCAGAAGGAAUCCAGUCUUGCGACAACAAAGGCUUUGUGGUGAGGUGUAUGUAGUUUGGAAAACUGCCAGGUCAGCUAGGCGGGUUGGACCACAGGUGAGGUCGCCUCAUGUUUCCGUAGAAAAUAUUGUAUCUUUCAGAGUGAACUGCUGUUACCUGAUAGAUUAGUAAAUUCACCCUCUAUUUUUUUGUACCAGAAAAGCCAGAGAAAGUGCAUUUACAGUGUCACUUUACUUCUAAUUAUCUGGAAAUGAAUGUUUGUGUCUGUGGUUGUGAUUGUUGUUGCAGGAGUUUCAACAAAUUUCAGUUUGAAACAGAGCAAGUUCUCUCUCAGGAAAGAGGAUACGGCUCCAUGCUGAUUUGGCACCUAUGAUAGAUUUUGGGAAGUCUGCUGAAUGAUCAAUUUCUUUCCAUAAAGUAACAGCGGGGGAAGUUGUGUGUGUGGUCUGGAGUGCUAGGAGAGGUUGUGCAACACUGAGGUUUACAUGUUUGUUUAUUUUCUGUGUAAUCCAUCCCAAAGUUUUCCCAACAUAUUUUAAUCCCACUGAUAAUAAAAUUUAUGGAACAAUUAAUAACAAGCAAAAGUGUUGUACUCAAAGAAAAACAAUAGCGUGGAGUAAAAAUCAGACAGCAAAACACACACAGCUACAAACUAGAUCCACAUACAUGCUGCUGUGAGUGUGAACAUACUGGAAAAAAAGAAAUUUGUAAUUUUCUCAGAGGGAUAAUUAUAUGUGUGUGUUAACAGGUGACUCUGGAGUGCCCAGGUGCAGAGUCUCCUCAUGUGGAUAAGCUGGUGGAGAGGAUCUUCCACUGCAGCUGCCAGUCCUGUGGUAAGGAAGGCAGCCAGGAGGGGGCAGUGAUGCAACUGUAUCCAGCAGACAACGUCCUAGAUGUUCCCUCUCUGUCUGACACUCUCAGCAGCAACCAGGCCCACCCUAUGCCUCCCUCAGAUUUGCACCCUAAGAAACACGCUCACGCACACACAGACCAUCACACACUGCCACACUCAACAGACGGAGGGUAG